UUAAAUAACAUUAUAAACAGUUAGUAAUACGUUAACAGAACAUGAUGAUUAAAUAUGCAGUAACAUUAUCCAGAAUAUCUGUGGUGGAAAAUGUAUUUUUCCAAACAAGGAGAUACAGUAGUACUUCUAAAAGAAGUCUAAGUAAGGAUCAGUAUAACGUCAAAAGAGGAAACUUCAAAGCUUUAGAACCACAGCACAUACAAUUCUUCAGGGAUCUUCUUGGAGAAACACGUAUACUAACUGGUGUUAAUAAUUUGGACAAGUAUAAUGAAGAUUGGUACGGGUUUGCCAAAGGGGAAAGCAGUUUGGUCGUUAAACCCAAAACAACAGACGAGGUCUCUGCCAUCCUGUCUUACUGUAAUAAAAAUCUCCUUGCCGUUUGUCCGCAAGGAGGAAAUACUAGCGUCGUUGCUUCCGGAGUGCCGGUUUUUGAUGAAGUAAUAUUGUCAAUGGAACUUAUGAAUAAAAUACAUAAAAUUGAUGACGUGUCUGGUGUGGUUAUAUUUGAUGCUGGUUGUGUUCUGGAAAACUUGAACAACGCUGUUUCCGAGAAAGGACUAAUUGUGCCCUUAGAUUUAGGUGCAAAAGGAAAUUGUCAAUUGGGAGGAAACUUAUCUACAAAUGCUGGAGGAUUACGACUGAUAAGAUAUGGGAAUUUACAUGGAAAUGUUUUGGGCGUUGAAGCGGUUAAGGCUGAUGGUGAGAUAAUAAAUUGUUUGCGUACUUUUAAAAAAGAUAACACCGGUUAUCAUUUGAAACAUCUGUUUAUCGGUUCAGAGGGAACUCUAGGUGUAAUUACAAAAAUUGCCCUGCAAUGUCCACCGCAUCCAAAAUCGAAGAACAUUGCGUUUUUAGGGUUGGAGAGUUACGACAAAGUAUUAAAAACGUUUAAAAAAGCAAAAUUCGAUUUAGGAGAGACGUUAUCAGCUGUGGAAGUGUUAGACAGGGAAAGUGUGAUAUUAACCGAGGAAAAGCUUGCUUUGCGCUCACCUAUAGGAGAAUAUCCAUUUUAUUUGAUUAUAGAAACAUCUGGAAGCAAUGAGCAAUACGAUUCAGAAAAAAUGGAUAAAUUUCUAGAGAUCUCGUUGAAGGAAAAUUUGAUUUUAAAUGGUGUGGCAUCUUCGGAACCGUCAAAAAUAAAAAAUAUAUGGGAAAUUCGUGAGAGAACAGCCGAAGCAUUGCGCCACGAUGGUUACGUAUUCUGUUACGAUUUCAGCGUACCAUUACAACAUUUUUACACUCUGGUUGACUUGAUGAAAACACACAUGGGUUCAAAGUCCCACAGGGUCUUUGGAUUUGGACAUUUGGGAGACUCCAAUCUUCAUCUUCAAGUAAGUGUAAGAGAACACACCAAAGAAAUACAGAACAUGAUAGAACCUUUCGUUUUCGAAAAAGUCAGAGAAAUAAACGGAAGUAUUAGUUCGGAACAUGGAAUGGGAUUUUUGAAAGCAAAAUACCUGGAUAUAUCAAACCAUCAAUCUGCGACCAAGCUUAUGAGGGUUUUAAAAAAUGUAAUGGACCCUAACGGAAUAUUAAAUCCUUAUAAAGUCAUCCCGUACUGAACUUUGUAACUUAAUGAAUAGUUAGGAAAGUUAUUUGUACGUAUUUAUUGUAAGAUAGCAGUACUAAAAACAAUACUUGUUUUUAAUAAAUAAAGAAAUUUAAAUAAUU